AUGGAUGUACUAAGAAAUAGUCAUGAUAUUGAUAGGAUAGGAGUGUAUGAGUUUGGUGGUGUGGGAAAGACUACAAUUGUCAAAGAAGUUUCCCGGCAAGCUACUGGAGACAAAGAAUUAUUUGCUGAUGUGGUUAUGAUAUUGGAUAGGCUGUGGGACUUUCUGGUGUGGCGACUUGUAAAAGUAUUGCUAACAUCAAGAAUGCGAGAAGUAUUAUCCCGUGAGAUGCAUACACACAAAGAGUUUCUACUUGAUCUUUUAGGGGAAGAAGAAACUUGGAAUUUGUUCGAGAAGAAGGCAGGUGAUGUUAUUAAAAAUCCUGAAAUAAAAACUGUAGCAAUUAAAGUAGCCAAAAGAUGUGGAGAUUUGCCGGUUUUAGUUGUCACUGUUGCCAGUGCCUUGAAAAAUAGAAGAACAUUACAUGCAUGGAAAGAUGCGUUGAGAUGUUUGAUAAGGUUUGACAAAGAAGAAUUCACAGAAAUGACAUACUUGGCUCUAGAAUGGAGUUAUAGUCAGUUAAAUGAUGAGGAGAAGCCAUUGUUCUUGCUCUGUGGAUUUUAUGCUAAUUCAUGGAAAACUAUCUAUAUUGAUUACCUAUUGAAAUAUGGCAUUGGUUUGGGUUUGUUUAAAAAUUUCGAUACAAUGGGAGAAGCAUGGGAUGCAUUAAAUUCAUUGCUUGAGAAACUGAAGGAUUCUUGUCUAUUGCUUGACCAUGAAGACAGUGGGUGUGUCAAGAUGCAUGAUCUUGUGCAUGAUGUUGCUAAACGUAUUUUAUGCAAGGAUCAACAUGUGUUGAAAAUAAGUGGUGGAGAUGAGUUGAAAGAAUGGCCAGAUAAUAAGGAUUUUUGUGAAAAGUGCACUAUGAUCUCUUUAAGAACAUCUAAUAUCCCUAAGCUUCCGGAAGUUUUGCAAUGCAAAGAACCAAAGAUGUUUUAUUUUAACUCUGAGGAUUACUCCCUAGAAAUCCAGUGUAACUUUUUUAAAGAAACGACAAAACUCGAAGUGUUGGAUUUAACUGAUUUGAGUAUCCCGUCACUACCUCCAUCUCUUCAGUUCCUAAAAAGUCUGAAGACAUUGUGUCUAGAUUGGUGCACCUUGGGAGAUAUAGCUCUAAUUGGCCAACUACAAAACUUAGAAAUGCUUAGCUUUCUAACAUCCAAGUUUAAAGAGUUGCCCAAAGAAAUAGGGCAAUUAACUAAUCUACGAUCGUUGGAUUUAACUGGUUGCUUUCAACUGGAACUAAUUUCACCUAAUGUUAUAUCAAAUUUGACAAGACUAGAAGAAUUGAAAGUGGGAAAUAGCUUUAACCGAUGGGAGGCUAAAGGAGUCAACAGUACUAAGAAAAGUAAUGCAAGCCUUUCAGAGCUCAAGAACUUAUCUAAGCUAAGCGCCUUGGAAAUACAUAUCUUGGAUGCUAACAUUCUUCCAACAGGUUUGUUCCCCAAAGCAUUGAAAAGGUAUCGAAUAUAUAUCAGUGCUGUGUGGAACUGGAAUAAUAAGGAUGCAAACCUCAACACACUAAAGAUCAAGCUCACUACCAGCAAUGAAUUGUAUCAAUCUGGUGUAAAUAUGUUGCUGAAAAGAACUGACGAGUUACACUUAAAUGGGAUGAAGGCUGGUAGUAUUUCCAAGUUUGAAGAGAUUGUUCAUCAAUGGCUCGACCAAGUUAAUGACAUUAUGGCAUAG